AUGCUGCCGCGAUGGAGACUCAUAGCCUGUCGCCGAGCAGCUUCGCCUCGUACCACAUCGAUUAGUCGCUUUUCACCAUGCGCGAAGCCGCCCCAAAGUCCUGCGCUUGCCGGCCCGCGCCAUCUUCAUACCACGAAAUGUCUUGCACAGGAGGUUGCUCCUCUCAGGAAAGAGCUCAAAGAGACGAUCAAGGCCGCCCGGUCAGCGAAGCGAGGGUCCGGGGACGGCGCAAGCCACGGCGAUAUAGACCACGUUGAAGGGUGGGAGUUGACUGUGGGCAUUGAAAUACAUGCUCAGCUCAACACGGCUCGAAAGCUCUUCUCAGAUGCCUUUACAGAUCCUACGCUCGAGCCAAACUCCCGGGUCGCCCAGUUCGACCUGGCAUUACCUGGGAGUCAACCCGUCUUCCAGUAUGCUACCCUCAUCCCAGCUAUUCGUGGAGCUGUUGUGCUCGGCUGCGAAAUCCAAUCCGAAAGCCGCUUCGACCGAAAGCAUUACUUCUAUCACGAUCAGCCCUCCGGCUAUCAGAUUACUCAAUAUUACCAACCACUUGCGAAGGACGGCUAUGUGAUUAUCAAUGAUGCCAAUGACGAACUUGAGAACGGACAAGAGCUAGUUGUCGGCAUCAAGCAAGUUCAGCUCGAGCAAGACACAGCGCGUACACACGAUCAGGAUGCUCAAACGAGCCUUGUCGACUUCAAUCGGGCUGGUCACCCACUGAUCGAGAUCAUCUCUCUUCCACAGAUCCAUUCACCGCGUGUUGCUGCAGCAUACGUAAAGAAAGUUCAGGCGCUUCUUUUCUCCGUUGAUGCUGUGACAACGGGUAUGGAGCUGGGUGGCCUUCGCGCUGAUGUCAAUGUGUCAGUUCGUCGUACAGACCGUCCCUUGGAAGGUGGUCUCUCGUACGGCGGAGUGUCUGGACUCGGCCAGCGGGCUGAGAUCAAGAAUUUAAGCUCAUUCAAGGGUGUUGAGGACGCCAUCCGAGCAGAGAGAGAUCGCCAAAUCGCUGUCUUAGAAUCCGGCGGCGUGGUGGAAGGCGAAACCCGUGGCUGGUCAGUCAGCAGGCCCGGAGUCACCAGACGACUACGAGGGAAGGAGGGCGAGAUUGACUACCGCUAUAUGCCGGAUCCAGAUAUCCCGCCGCUCUAUAUUGCGCCAGACUUGGUGCAACAUCUCACAUCAACACUACCACCAAUACCGGAAGAACUUGCACUGAUGCUGCAAAACGACUACGGUUUGUCGGUAGUAGAUAGCUGGGCACUGCUGACACUGGAUGAUGGCAGACGGCUCAUCUAUUUCCAGGAAGUUGUCGACGAGCUCGUAGGUCAGCUUGGUACAUCGGCUAAGCUCAGACAGCGCGCGCUCGGCAGAGCUGCAUCGAACUGGGUUUUGCAUGAGCUGGGCGCUAUGCUUACCCAACACGAACGAACUUGGACUGAAGACAUUGUGCCUGCCCGACAACUUGGACGAAUUCUAUACCAUUUGGAGCGACAACAGAUCACCACCCCCUCGGCAAAGCUGGUAUUGAAGCUCGUCUUCGAAGGAGACCGACGUCCGGUUGAUGAGAUCAUCAAGGGCGAGGGGCUACUAUACGUUGCAAUGUCAGACGAGGAAUACAAGUCUCUGGCGGAUCAAAUCAUUGCCGACUUUCCCGGCCAUGUCAAGGACAUUCAAGAGAAGGGCAAGCACGGCAAGAUCAAGUUCUUGCUGGGCCAGAUGAUGCGCCGAGGCGAGAAGGGCCGGGUGCAAGCCACGACUGCAGAAGAACACCUCAAACGGCAGCUAUCUGGCGUGGAAUAG